GCCGGGUGGCGUCGGGGGCGGCGCGGUGCCGUAGGUGAGCUGUGCGGCUGCCCGCCUUCCCGCGCCCGCUGGUCGCCUCAUGCUGCGGGCCGCGGCCGCCAGCCCCCGCUCGGAUCGGCGGCGCUGAGGCGCGGGGCAGCGUGCAUCAUGUCGUCGGCUCUCCGCGCCGCCGACUUCCCCCGCUGGAAGCGCCACAUCUCGGAGGAGCUGCGGCGCCGGGACCGGCUGCAGAGGCAGGCGUUCGAAGAGAUCAUCCUGCAGUAUAAUAAGUUACUGGAAAAGUCAGACCUUCACUCAGUGCUGGCCCAGAAGCUACAAGCGGAAAAGCUGGACAUACCCAACAGGCAUGAGAUAAGUCCCGGCCACGAUGGCGCCUGGAAUGACGGCCAGCUGCAGGAAAUGGCCCAGCUAAGGAUGAAGCACCAGGAAGAGCUGACUGAACUGCACAAGAAGCGCGGGGAGUUAGCCCAGCUGGUGAUCGACCUGAAUAACCAAAUGCAGCAGAAGGACAGGGAGAUGCAGAUGAAUGAAGCAAAAAUCGCGGAGUGCCUGCAGACGAUCUCCGCCCUGGAGACCGAGUGCCAAGAGCUGCGCACGAAGCUGCAGGACCUUGAGAGGGCCAACCAGACCCUGAAGGAUGAGUACGAUGCCCUGCAGAUCACUUUCACGGCCCUGGAGGAGAAGCUGAGGAAAACCUCGGAGGAGAACCAGGAGCUGGUCACCCGCUGGAUGGCCGAGAAAGCCCAGGAAGCCAACCGCCUCAACGCCGAGAAUGAAAAGGAUUCAAGGAGGCGGCAAGCCCGGCUGCAGAAGGAGCUCGCAGAAGCAGCGAAGGAACCUCUGCCAGUCGAACAGGACGAUGACAUCGAAGUCAUUGUGGAUGAGACCUCUGACCACACCGAGGACGCGUCUCCCAUGCGAGCCAUCAGCAGAGCGGCCUCUAAGCGACUCUCGCAGCCUGCUGGAGGCCUUCUGGAUUCUAUCACUAAUAUCUUUGGUCUGUCCGAGUCGCCCCUUUUGGGACAUCACUCUUCUGAUGCUGCCAGGAGGCGCUCUGUCUCUUCCCUUCCAGCUCCCCAGGAUAAUGUGGAUACUCACCCUGGUUCUAGUAAAGAAGUGAGGGUCCCGACAACUGCAGUGUGUGUCUUUGACGCGCAUGACGGGGAAGUGAACGCGGUGCAGUUCAGUCCCGGCUCCCGGCUCCUGGCCACGGGGGGCAUGGAUCGGAGGGUCAAGCUCUGGGAGGCGUGCGGAGACAAAUGCGAGUUCAAGGGUUCCCUGUCCGGCAGUAACGCAGGAAUUACAAGCAUUGAAUUUGAUAGCGCUGGAUCCUACCUCUUAGCAGCUUCAAAUGACUUUGCAAGCCGGAUCUGGACGGUGGACGAUUAUCGGUUACGGCACACUCUCACGGGACACAGCGGCAAAGUGCUCUCUGCCAAGUUCCUGCUGGACAAUGCGCGUAUUGUUUCCGGAAGUCAUGACCGGACCCUCAAACUCUGGGAUCUGCGCAGCAAAGUCUGCAUAAAGACAGUGUUUGCAGGGUCCAGCUGCAACGAUAUCGUCUGCACCGAGCAGUGUGUAAUGAGCGGACAUUUCGACAAGAAGAUUCGUUUCUGGGACAUCCGAUCGGAGACUGUGGUCCGAGAGCUGGAGCUGCUGGGGAGGAUCACCGCCCUGGACUUAAACCCGGAGAGAACGGAGCUCCUGAGCUGCUCCCGCGAUGACCUGCUAAAAAUCAUUGACCUCCGCGUGAACGCGAUCAGACAGACGUUCAGCGCGCCGGGGUUCAAGUGCGGCUCCGACUGGACGAGGGCCGUGUUCAGCCCUGAUGGCGGUUACGUGACGGCCGGCUCAGCCGAGGGCUCUCUCUACGUCUGGGGUGUGCUCUCCGGGAAAGUGGAGAAGGUGCUCUCCAAGCAUCAUGGCUCGUCAAUCAAUGCGGUGGCCUGGUCCCCCUCCGGCUCCCACGUCGUCAGUGUGGACAAGGGAAGCAAAGCCGUGCUGUGGUCAGACUACUGACGGUUCCUCCGCGGGAGAGCAGACCGAAGCCAGAGGAGCGCCGGGCCGCGGCUCUGUCCUGGCAGGCAAUGUGUUGGGCGUAGCUUUGACCUCCGUACAAGAGCAGGAGCCAGGUGGCACUGAGGCCUUCUUUGGAAGGGGACUUGUGAGGGUUGGGGCUGAGGUCCCUAGCAGCCUGGAGGAACAACUCUGCAAAGACCCGGCCACUGCGUCCCUGGGCAGAGGCUCAGGUCACGGCCUCCGUUCCGUGGGAAACACUACUCGCUCUGCUCUUCAUACCUCAGCGGGUGCAGGCGGCACGGGCCUCCCUGCAUGGCGGUGCCAACGGCGGUGCCAACGGCAGCCCGCGCGGCGGGGCGCCUCCCUCUGCUUUCCCCCUCCAAAGUCAGUCCUGGCCAAAUGCGUGUCUUGUCUUCUUGAGGCCACUUUCCCAGCGAACUUGCUUUAAUCAUUGGAUUAACAGGAACCCAAACAGGAUUACCCCAUCCUCAGGGAGCCCCCGGGGACCGCCCAGUCUCCAGGGAGACAUGGGACUGCAGCGCUCCUGCUUGUCCCUACCAUUAGAGCAAAGCUCCCGCGCUGACCUCCCAGAUCACGGCUGCAGGUUUCUGAGGCCUCCCAAACUGUCCUCGGUGAGCAGCCAUCCGCCGGGGCCCCUGGCCUACGGCCGUUCCUCGGCCGAGACAGAAACCUCAAUUUGGCUAAGAAGCUGGUUUUGUUUUUUCGUUUUGUGUUUUGUUUUUUUAAGAGGAAGUGCAGAAACUCUCUUUCCAGAGAGGUGGGGGUGCUGCAGGAGUGGGUGUCUCACUGGAUCCACCCGUCCCUUCCCAGAAAGCGGGUGCAUGCCGCAGUCUCAGGUGACAGCUGCGGCGGACACAGGGGCGAGACCCGAACAUAGCGGUGGGGCCAGCAGCCGGGGUCAGGGCCCCUGUGCUGAGUGUGCGUGCAGCGAGUGCUCGGUGCCCCUCCCCUGAGGCGGGGAGACGGUGUCACCUUUCUGUUGCAGGAGCUGUGACUGAGGCCCCACACAACGGGCCUGUGGCUUUCUUUUUCCUGAAGCAUUUUUCUUUCCCAUUUUGCCUGUGUAUAAAAUUUUGGUUCCUCCAGUGAGAAACACAAAUAUUUUUAUCACUUUCUAAUUGCACUUUAUUUGUUUCCUCCCACUCUUGCCCUCUGGACGCGGUGGGUGCGAGGGCCGAGGCUGGCGAGGCGUGGGGGGCACCUCCCCUCCCACAGGGUGGGGCUCCCCUCCCUCGCCUCCCCUUUUCUGUCGGCCGUUCAGGGAGCUCAGUGGAGGGGAGUUAAAAUUCACAGGCCAGGGCAUGUCUUUUAUUUAUUUAAUUGUGUUGCCCAGCAGAACUUGAUUGUAAAUAA